UGUCACCACUUCACACAAGCUUUACACACUUUCUUUCAGCAAACAUUGUUUCUUUCAGUAUUGUGUACCAGAAUUUUGUUUGCACUUGCUAGAAUUUUCAUCUGUUUUCAAAAUGGCUGCAGAUAUGGCGAAGAUUUAUGAGGUAGCCGUGAAGAUAGCCAAAGAUGCCGGCGGUAUGAUCCGAGAGGCAUUCCGCUUAGACCAAGUGAUCCAAACGAAAGAGGGGGCCAUGGACUUAGUGACUGAAACUGAUCAAAAUGUCGAAAAAUAUAUCACAGAUAUGGUAGAAGAAAGCUUUCCCACCCAUUCUUUCAUUGGAGAAGAAUCUGUGGCUGCUGGGAAGAAGUGUGAAUUAACAGAUAAUCCCACGUGGAUAGUUGACCCCAUAGAUGGAACAACCAAUUUUGUGCAUAGAUUUCCAUUUGUGGCAGUCUCCAUUGCAGUAGCCGUAAAUAAAGAUAUAGAAAUAGGAGUUGUCUACAACCCUAUACAAGACCAGCUGUAUACAGCAAGAAAAGGCCAAGGAGCAUUUGUCAAUGGGAAGCCAUUAAAAGUUUCUGGGAAAGAAAAUUUGGGCGAAGCAUUGCUGCUAGGAGAAUUUGGUGCUGACAGGAAUCCAGAAAACUUUAAGACCAAAAUGGACAAUUUCCAUAAAAUCAUGCUCCAGGCUCGAGGAAUGAGAAGUUUAGGGUCGGCAGCACUGAACAUGUGCAUGAUCGCUUCAGGAGUCAAUGACGGCUAUAUUGAAUAUGGAAUACAUAUUUGGGAUAUAGCAGCAGGGUACCUUAUCCUUCGUGAAGCUGGGGGUGUGGUCUUAGACCCCAGCGGGGAUGCUGUGGAUCUCUGCAGUCGUUCGGUUUUGUGCGGGUCGACAGACAAACUGUGUCGAGAGAUUGCCAGUAAAGUAAAUCAUGUUCGUUACGAAAGGGACUAGUAGAAUGAUUGACACAUGUACCAGUUCUGUCAAAACUGUGAAUUGGCUCAAAUCAGGAAUUUAUCAAAAUCAGCUCCAUGAAAUAACUGAUUAUUAAUUUAUGUGAAAUUAUAUGUUAAUUUAAAUUUACAUUUAUUAACCUGUAUAAAUUGUAAUUAUUGUCUAUUACUUAUUGUAUGUGUUUUGAUUAAGAGGAAGUUGUUAAACUAUACUCAGGCAUUUUUAAAAUAUGUUGCAUGUAUAAACAUUUUAGAUUAGCACUGUAACACAAGUCUGUAAGUAAUUUUUAGGUUGUUGAGGAUAUGAUUGGCAAAGGAAAGGCAGAGAAUCAGCCCCAUAGAGGUAUGAUAAGAAAGUGCAAAUUUCAAAAUCGCAGCAGAAUUCUGAAAGUUUCAGAAUCGAAAGUAUUAAACUUGGUCGAAGCACUCAUUAAAGUUAUAAUGCCAUUAAAGAGAUGGUUGCUUAAUGAAAACUCUCCAAAAAUGCACUCUUGAUCAAAAACACCAAUUUUCCGUUAAACAGAGGCGCUGUGUUUUUAAAAUACAAUAUGAGUGAGUCAGUGAGUACUUGGGGUUUAACCUUUAAUUUUUCAGC